GGUAUGGAUGCAGAAGGUUUCGGGGAGCUUCUGCAGCAGGCAGAGCAGCUGGCUGCAGAGACAGAAGCUGUGUCCGAGCUGCCCCAUGUUGAGAGGAACCUCCAGGAGAUCCAGCAGGCUGGGGAGAGGCUCCGCUCCCGCACCCUGACGCGCACCUCCCAGGAUGCAGCAGACGGCAGGUCAAUCCUCCUUGGUUCCAGAGGUUUAGACAUCUUCCACAUUUCUCAAAGACUGGAAAGUCUUAGUGCUGCUACCACCUUUGAGCCCCUGGAGCCGGUCAAAGAUACUGAUAUACAGGUACAAAUUAAAUAUAACUAA